AUGGGUGGCGCUUCAAAAACGAAGCAUGGUAAACAAUACAGGGCGCCCGUUGAUCAGGCGCGCAAGCAAGAACGGAUGCGUGUGAUCAAGAAAAACAAGAAGGAACGACAACAGGUUCGUGUCGCAAUCGCAAAACACACCGAGGUGGCUAGUAACCUCAGGAAGUCACUGAACCUUGAACGACAAAUACUCGGUCUCGAUGAAAGGCAGUUUGCGAUUGAAGUGCUCAAAAAGAAGCAGAAGGCUAUUAUGGAUGCCAUCGACAAGCGGAGGACGGUUUUGACCAAUUCCAAGGACGAAAUGGAAAUCGCGAAGCUCAACGAGGCGAUGAAGACAUACCACGCGCAAGUGGCUAGCAUAAAACGCUUGGCAGAGCAAGAAAAGAUGGCACGGUCGGUGGAUCCUAAUGCUAUCCCCUUGCCCGACGGUGAUCUAAAAGAGGGAGCCGAUCGUCAACUGCAACUUAUGGGCCCUAGGGUCUACGAACAGUCAUCGAGAAGGGAGGAACGUAGCGUCCGUUUCAAGCUGCCUCGCGAUCGGAAGAAGCCGCCGGGUCCACCAUGUGGCCCGGCUCCAGACUUGAGUGCUAGUGAGGACGAGAUGGUCAACGAUGAUUUUGAUGUUGAAGACACGGAUCUGGGACCUGUGCCGAUUCCCGAGGAAUUGGGUCACGCCCCUGGAUUUGGCAUCCCACUUCCGAACUUCAGCGCCCAUCCAUUGCUGAGACCCACAAUUCCGAAAAUGGUCGCCCCUCCACUAUUCCAACCACCACAAAUCGUUGCCGGGCCCCCGUCGACUCUUCCCGACCACGCAACGAUUUCCAGUGCCCCGCAGAUCCGGUCGCGGAUGCAGAGCGGUAUCGGCCCGGUUCAGCCGACAACACUGGUCGGAGCGCCGCAACUGCGAGAUCUGCGUCAAGAGGCGGCUAAGUUCGUUCCAGCCGUGCUCAAGAAGAAACCGCACAUGGCUACGAAUCAUCUCCCCAUCCAGGUUCAACAGAAGGCCUUCAAACCGGCGAAACCAGCGAAGCAGCCCGUAUCCAAGUCGACGGACGAUGCGUACAACGAAUUCAUGCGAGAAAUGGAAGGACUUCUU